CGUAACGUGUCCUGUGCAUCCAACAAUGCAUUUAAUUAUUUAAAAAAAAAUAUAUAUAUUUUAGAUAAAUAAACAUUAAUCUGUUUUUAUCAUAAAAUUUUUUUAUUAAUUUUAUUUUACUUUAUUUGUUUAUUAAAUAAAUAAAUAAAUAUACAUUGAGUGAGUUGAACCAAGUGGAUUCAAUAUUUUAUAUUUUUUCCAAAAUAUUUAAUCAUUAAUAAGAAGAAAAAAAUAAAAAAAUACAUUGGAAAAAUAAUUAAGAAAGGUGAAGGAACUCGAGAUGGGUCCCAUUGGUAUAUUUUGGCUUGGGAUAAUUGCGGUCACACUGAGGUCGGCAAAUUGUGAGACUAAGAUAACUGAAAAUGAAAGAGGAGCUAGACUUCCGGAAUUAUUGAGUGAAUUGGAUUUGGAAAGUCUCGAAGCAACUGAAGAUGAUAUUGAUAAUCUUAGUAAAGUUGUCAAAAGAUUAGCACCAUCAGAAGAGAAUGGCGAGUACCAAGUUUAUCAAGUAUUUUUUGGAAAUGAGGAACUUUUAAAGGAGUGGCUGAAGGGAGCUGAUAAGGGUCAGCCAGGUGUUGAUUUUCCAAUGUUGACAUCAAUACCACCGACAAAGUUUAAUUGCAAGCAACACAAGGAUGGUUAUUAUGGUGAUACUGAGACAAAUUGUCAGGUAUUCCAUAUCUGUGACAAUGGUCGUAAGACAUCAUUUUUAUGUCCAAAUGGUACAAUAUUUCAACAAUCACAAUUAAUAUGUGACUGGUGGUUUAAAGUUGAUUGCAGUAAAUCAGCUGAGUUAUAUGAACAAAGCGCUGAACAACUUGCCAAGGAUGAACGUAAACGUGCUGAUAAAAAACGUAUGAAUUCUGAAUUUCAUCGUUUUGGUAAUGAUAAUACUGAUAAUAAUAAUAAUCAAUAUCCACAACAAAAUUCUGGUGGUAAACAGGGUGUUACAAGAGAUAAUAAUGAUAAUAAUAAUUAUUCUCAAGUAUCAAGAAAUCAAUUGCCUGGUACAGAACAACGUGAAUAUAAUAAAAAUAAUUAUAAUAAUAACAAUCAACAGCAACAACAACAAACAAAUAAAAGAUUAAAUAACAAACAACAAUUGAAUAAAAUAUACGAACAAAGAGGUAAUAAUAAAUAUUCAUCACAGCAACAACAAGAACAACAACAAAAUAAUGAUAAUAAUGAUAAUAAUGAUAAUUAUCAUUCAACAACAACAUUACGUGAAAAUUUAAGACAAUCGAAAUCACGAAAAAAUCAAUAUCAAGAUAAUUAUAAUAAUAAUAAUAAUGAUGAUGAUGUUAAUCGUGGAACACCAGCAUAUAUUGAAACAACAACAUUUAGAACAAGUACACCAAGUCCAAUUAAAGAGUAUCAACAACCAGCUGAAACAUCAGCAUUUGUAUCACAAAGAAAUCGUUACAAUAAACAAUACAAUGAUCAAUUUAAUUCAUACUACAAUAAUAAUAAUAAUAAUAAUAAUAAUAUAAAUCGUAUAACAGUAUCAUCAACAACACGUAAAAAUAUUAUAAAUCAAAAUACACCACAAAAUAUAUUAAAGCCAAGAGAACAAAUACCUGAUUUUCCACACUCGACAUUUAAUCCAAUUUUCAAACCACGAACAACAACAACAACAACAACUGAACCAACUAAUACAAAUAAUAAUUAUUAUUAUGGAAAUAAAAAUAAAGAACAAAAAAGUACUGCAAUACCAUACGUAACGACACAAAAUUAUCGUAAAACACAUCAAGAUUUGCGAACAGUAUAUCCUGAUUUUAAACAAACAGCAGCAACGACAAUGGUGCCUGUAUUUACAACAGACAUAAUAAGAAACUAUCAAGGUACAUCAACACCAGGUUCUACUUACACAGAACGGGCGGAGACUACGCCAAGUGACUUUACGGAAGCAAGUACAAUAUCACUCAUAACACCACCACAAACUUAUGCUAAUUCAAAGACAUAUAAUACAUUUGAAAAAAUACAAAAAUAUAAUGAAUUUUCACGUUUACCAUUAACAACAACAACAACAACAACACUACGUCCAUUAUUACAAGAAAGUUAUGUUGGACAAACAGCUGGUAAUCCAACUCAACCAAUUGUUAAAUAUCAAAAUGAUAAAUUAAUAAAUAAUAAUAAUUAUGAUCAAAAUUCACUUGGUACAACACAAUCACAUGAUCUUAUUAAUGAUGAAAAAAUUAAUCAAGUACGUCAACCAUCAAAAAGUACUGUUAAAAUAAAUACAAAUUUACGAAAAAAUAAUAUUAUAUCAACAACUGAAAAACCAUUAAAAAAUUAUCAACAUUUUAAUCAACAAAAUAUUAAUAAUACUAAAAAUUCAAAAACAUAUGAUACAAGUAUAACAUAUAAAAAUGGUAAAAUACAACAAUCAACAACAACUCCAUAUGUACCAUUUACUAAAAAUUAUGCAUAUAUAACUUCUUCAUCAUCAUCAACGACAACAACAACACAAAAACCACCGACAUAUACAGCAACAGUGCCAACAUUUACUGGUAUAUUGCAGUAUAAAAAUGGACCAAAGCCAAUUGCUAAAUUACAAAAUUCAAUACCAAGUACAGUUAGUACAUUUAAAGGUAGUCCAGCAUAUUUGCCAGAAGUUGGAACAAAUCAACAACUUUAUUUGCCAAAAAAAUCAACACCACCAAAUUCAUCAUUGGAAAAAGAGCAUGCAUUAAAUAUGCUGAAAUCAUUGAAAGGAUUGGAAGGUACAAUGCCAACAAUUAUAUCAAAUAAUGCUAAUCGUGAUGGUUUAACAAUACCACAUUCAUCAAGUCCAGCAACGUUACACUCAUUGGCAUUAUAUUUUGCUCAAAAUAGUAGUGAAAAAAUUAAUGAAACAGAUGAUCUUAAUCAAGCUAAUCAAAAUGAUAAAUUAAUACAAAAAAAUAAUACCUCUGCUGAGCUGCCAACAAAUAUAUUAACUCAACAUACAAUUAAUUCAUACACUGAAUUAUUUAAUUUAAAUGAUGCAAUUGAUGUUUUAAAAAAUGCAUCAUCAAUUGAUAAUAAUAAUAAUAGUGAAAGUAAUGAUGGUGAAGAUGAUAAUGAUGAUAACGAUGAUGAUGAUGAUUUAGAUAUACAACAAAGUGAAGGACCAGUUGCUGGUUUAAAUAGAAGAACAAAUAAUACAAAAUUACGUGAACUUGCACAAGUGUUUACUCAUGCAUUGUCAGCAUAUUUACAAGAUCCUGAAACAUUUAAAAAAAUAUUAACUGAAAUACGACCAACAGAGCCAACUUUUAUUGAUAAUAAUAUUGAUGAGACAACGACAUUUACAGCAAUGACAACUGAAAUUUAUCCAACAACAUCUGAUGAUUAUCCAUCAGUGACUAAAGAAAAAGAUGAAGUAUUAGAUUUUUCAGAAGAUUUUAUUGGACCAAGAAGAAAUAUUGGUAAUCCAACAACAACUGAAAUUCCAACAACAACAGAUGACGGUGGAUUUGGUUAUUAUACAACAUCAUUAACAUAUUCUGAUGUAAAUUUACCAGCAGCAGCAGCAGUAACAACAACACAAGCAUCAAUUGAAAAUACACGUGAUUAUUUAGAUCCACCAUCUGAUGAUUUUGCAUCAGCAAUUAAUCAAGCAUUUGAUUCAUCAAAUGGUAAUGAAAUACAAAAUCUCAGUGGACCAUCUGGUAAUGAUGCUGAUAAUUAUUAUCAACCUGAUUAUUUACCAGAUGAAAAUAAUCGUGUUGGUAAAUUAUUAAAAAAUUCAACAUCAUAUCAGCCAUAUGGUCAAUAUGUUAAACCAGAUAAUUCAAAUCCAAUUCAUGAUAAUUAUGUUGCAUCAUCAACACCAUCAUCAUAUGAAGAAACAUUUCCACCAAAUCAUCGACGUGAAGAAUUAACAACUGAAUUUAUAAAAACAACAACAGACAUACCAACAACAACAGAUUUACCAAGAACAACAACGGUACCAUUUAGAAUACGUUAUUAUGAUACAACAACAAUUAUACCAGAUAAACAGGAUAAUGAUGAUGACAGUGAAUCACUUGUAACAGCAAAUAGUAUUUAUUCAAAUUAUAAAAAUUAUAAUUAUGCAAGUACACAAAAAUAUUCAUUAGAUAAACCAAAUAACAAUUUUAUAACUCAAGUAUCAUCACAAUCAACAAAUCCAAUAAAUAAUAAUAAUAAUAAUAUAAAUGAUAAAUUAACAAAUGAAGAUAUUGAAAAUAGAAUAAAUAAUCAUUGGACAUCAUCACCAGUAACAGAGUUAUGGGAAACAAAUGUAUUUGUUGAUCCAAAUCAUAUUAAUCAUGAGUUAACAUCAUCAAAUAAUAAUAUUAAAACAACAAGUGUUGAAAAUAUAAGCAAUGAUCCAACAACUCAUACAUCAAUAACAACAAAUUUUGAUAAUUUAGUAACAGAUGCCACAAACAGUAUUAAUUCACGUAAUUCGAAACAAUAUAUUAAUGAUAAUAAUUAUAAUAUAAAUAAUAAUUUUGAAUCAUCAACACCAUUAGAAUGGGCUGCAACUGAAACUGAUACACCAACAUCAUUUUCAUUACUUGAUAAUUUAAAUACAGCAACACCAUCAUCACCAAUUUAUACAACAAAAUCAACAACAACAAUAACAUCAUCAAUAACAACGAAUAAUAAUAAACAAAGUGGUGCAUUGUAUUCAAUAACUAAAACAAUAAAUAAAAAAUUAAAUGAUAAUAAUAAUAGUACAAUAGAAAAUGAAAUGUUACAGGCUAAAGAAAUGUUUGGUAAUUUAAAUGAUACAAGUUCAGCGACAUUAAUGAAAAUAAUGAAAACAGCUGAUAAAGAUGUUACUGUUAGACAAUUAGUAUUGUUGUUGAUAAGUCAUUGUAGUGGACCAAUGAAUAAAACAAAAGAAGAAGAAAAAAAUGAAUUAUUAAAUGAACUAUUAAAAAUGCCAGUUAGUAAAUUUGGUGAUGAUGAAUCACGAGAAAUAGUAGCUGAUAUUAAUCGUGUUAAUUUAUCACCAAUUGUUAUUGAUGAUACACAAAUUAAAACAACAAGUAUAUCAACAACAUCAACUGAACCAAUUGUUACAACAUUUCGUAGUAGUAAACAAUUAAAAAGAAUUAAAACAAAUGUUGAUGAUGCAUUAAUUAAUUAUAAUGAUAGUGAUGAUAUUGUUGAUGAUAAUGUUGUGUCUGAUGCAAGGGCACUUGAAUUACUCAGGUCGCUUUAUACUGUUGCCGCCAAAUGGGGUUGAAAUAAUACUCAACAUUGCUCAUAAACAAACACGAGUAUAUCAUGAGGAUUUUUUUUUCUUAAUAUUUUAUUUUUUUUUAAUCAUUUUUUUUUUCAUUUUGUUUGCAAUUGAAAAGAAAAUCCUAGAUGACAUAAUAAUUAUUUGGCUGAUAAAAUUUAGUUUUUAUUUUUUAUAUUUAAAUAUAAUAAUUAAUAAUAAAAAUUAUUUUUUAUUUUUAAGUUGAUGUAAUUUGGGUUCAUGUUAUACAAAGGAUUUUGAAAUAUUUAUAUAAAAAAAAAAAAAAACAAUUAACCAGUGUUAAAUAUUUUUAAUUUUCUUUAUUUUUAUUAAAAAAAUUUUUGAAAAAUUUAAACUGGCCAGUAUCGUCAAUGUUACUUAUGUAGAUGGAUAUACAAUUAAUUAUUUAAGUUUCAUCAAAUAGCAAUAAGUAGCAAAGUAAAAAAAAAUAAAAAAGUUAUACAAAAAAAAAAAAAUAUAUAAAAUAAAAAAAACAUAAAAAAAAGAUAAAGCGAGGAAUUGUUUCGAAUCUACGAGAUUAAAUUUUGUUAUAUUUACAAAUGCGUCGAAUGUAGGUUCAAUUUAAAAAAUAUUUAAAACACAAAAAUACCCAAAUGCUACAAAUAUUUGCAUGCAGAUUAGUCUCAUUUUUUAGGGAUGUUUUUAUUAUUAAAAAAAUGUAUUUUAACAACAACACAACGAUCUAAACCAGCUUUUUUUUUUAUUUCGAUUUUGUCAAUUAUAAAAAAAAAUUAAAAAACUAUCUGACAUUACUCAAUUUAAUCUUAAGUCAUAGCUUGUUUUUAUUAUUAAUGAUAUAAAUAUUUUCAACUAAUGUUAAUUAUUAUUAAAAAAAAAAAA